GACUUGUUUAUUUUAUUUUAAUCACCUUCGCAUUCGACCAUCUCACGACGCGCCCUUUCCUCUACUCACGACCCUCUACACCUCUUCUUGAUUUUACUCUUUCACGACUCCAAUCAUGUACGCUCCCAAGGCUGUCAUAGUUCUCGCUGUUGCCGCCGCCGCUGCCCCCGCCCUCGCCCGGCCCCUUGACGGACCCCUUGUUUCCCGUGGUGAUAUUAACCUCAGUCAACAAGAGCUGCAAAACGCGCGCCAGAACCUGUUCCAGUCACCAAAAUCAGUCGCCCAUGCCCGCGAGUUCCACCACGACCACCACGGCCACCACGGCCACAGGCACCACGGUCACCGGCACCACGGCCACAAGCACCACGGUGGCAUGCACCACGCUCGCGAGGAGGGCGUUGCGCACCGCAAGUCCGGACAUAAGCACCACGGCCACAAGCACCGCGGCCACAAACACCACAAGGGCCACAAGGGUGCCAAGCCCCAGCACGCUGCUGCCCACGCUGCGCGUGCGCUUUUCGCCCGCGAGGCCCAGGAUAUGGAUGAGUCCGGCGCGUUCAGCUUCACCAAGUUCCUCGGCGGCCUGCUCCGCCGCGAAGACGUCGAGAUGCUCGCUCGCGCAGACCCCUCAGACGAGCAGUCUGGUGCUUUCAACCUGCUCAAGACCAUUGGCAGCAUCCUUCGCCGCGAGGAUAUGGAGAUGCUCGCCCGCGCAGAUCCUUCAGACCAGCAGUCGGGUGCCUUCAACCUGCUGAAGACUAUCGGCAGCAUCCUUCGUCGCGAGGACAUGGAAAUGCUUGCCCGCGCGGACCCUUCAGAUGAGUCCGGUGCUUUCAGCUUCACCAAGUUCCUCGGCGGCCUUCUCCGUCGCGAAGAUGUCGAGAUGCUCGCCCGCGCGGACCCCUCAGACAAGCAGUCCGGUGCAUUUAACCUCCUCAAGACCAUUGGCAGCAUUCUUCGCCGGGAGGAUAUGGAGAUGCUCGCCCGUGCUGACCCGUCCGAUGAGCAGUCGGGUGCGUUCAAUCUGCUGAAGACUAUUGGCAGCAUCCUCCGCCGAGAGGAUGUCGAGAUGCUCGCUCGCGCAGACCCUUCGGACCAGCAGUCGGGUGCGUUCAACCUGCUGAAGACCAUUGGCAGCUUCCUUCGCCGCGAGGACAUGGAAAUGCUUGCCCGCGCGAACCCUUCGGAUGAGUCCGGCGCGUUCAGCUUCACCAAAUUCCUCGGCGGCCUUCUCCGUCGUGAAGACGUCGAGAUGCUCGCUCGCGCGGAUCCCUCAGACGAGCAAUCGGGUGCUUUCAACCUGCUGAAGACCAUUGGCAGCAUCCUCCGCCGAGAGGAUAUCGAGAUGCUCGCUCGCGCGGACCCUUCGGACCAGCAGUCUGGUGCCUUCAACCUGCUCAAGACCAUUGGCAGCAUUCUUCGCCGGGAGGAGAUGGCUCGUAGCCUCAACGACCUCGACUGA